AUGUACUGGCGCGUCGGGUUCGCCUGGACGCGGUCGUGUGUGGUUGAUCUCGGCCAGAACCAGAGCUUCUUCUGCGGCCCGCUGGGCACCGGCGAGGAGCUGUCGUUUUAUGGGUGCAUCAUCGCCUUCCCCCUGCAGGACCACAGCGGGAUCAUGUCCGCUCUGGGCUCGGACUCGUGGUGGAGGAAGACGCUGUAUCUGACCGGAGGGGCUCUGCUCGCUGCCGCUGCCUAUCUGCUGCACGAACUGCUGUCCAUCAGAAAGGAAGAAGAGCUGGACUCUAAAGAUGCCAUCAUACUCCACCAGUUUUCCAGGCCCCAAAGUGGCGUUCCGUCCCUGUCCCCUUUCUGCCUUAAAAUGGAGACCUACCUUCGCAUGGUUGACCUGCCCUACCAGAACUACUUUGACGGGAAGCUUUCGCCGCAGGGUAAGAUGCCGUGGCUCGAGUACAACCAGGAGCAGGUGUUUGGCUCGGAGUUCAUCAUGGACUUCCUGGAGGAGAGGCUGGGCGUGAACCUCAACAAGAGCCUGACCCCACAGGAGAAGGCCAUGUCCCGCGCCAUCACCAAAAUGGUGGAGGAACAUUUCUACUGGACCAUAGCUUACUGUCAGUGGGUGGACAACCUGGAGGAGACCCAGAAGAUGCUGUCGGUGAGCGGACCGCUGAGUGACCUACUCAAGUGGAUCCUGAGUCACCUGACCGGCGGGAUCGUCAAGAGGGAGAUGUACGGCCACGGGAUUGGCCGCUUUUCUAAGGACGAGGUUUACGCCCUGAUGGAGAAGGACAUGCGCACCCUCGCCACUAUUCUAGGUGAUAAGAAGUACCUUAUGGGCUCGCGUCUUUCCACAGUAGACGCUGCAGUGUUCAGUCACCUGGCUCCUGCUAUGUGGACGCUACCGGGAACACGUCCGGAGCAGCUAAUCAAAGGGGAGCUGAUCAACCUGGCCAUGUACUGUGAGCGUAUCCGCCGGCGCUUCUGGCCCGAGUGGUUCGUGGACCUGGAGGACUUCUACUACAGCGACACCGACGAGGGCAGCGACUCGCACUCCAAACUCCCUGACCUGGGUCUCUACUCCUGCACGGACACUUUCCAGGAAGACACAAAAACACACACCUCCCCCGCCCCCAGUCCACAGGACGCCCCGUCGCCGUCCCCGGACAGCGACCCCACCGGCUGCUCGCUUUAUGACUCUGACAUGGACACAGAGUGCUCCGAGAUGGACCAGCUCAAGUGUUGACAACACUUACACGGCUACAUGCGCGCACACCACAGGAGGGCGCUGCUUCCCACCUGCACACAUGCCCUCCCCCCUACCUCUUAGAACAGUGUAUAACUGGGGAGUGCUUCUGGUGUGGAGAAAUCGAGGAUGUACAGGUUUAACUGUAGUGGAGGAAUGAUCGGUAAAGAGGGAAAGGGAGUGAAGGAUAGUUUAAAAAGUCAGAGAUGGACGGAAGAAAAAAGGGAGGCAGCUGUUAAAGGAAAGGAGAAGAGAUUCAGAAAAUGACUGAGAAGUAACAAAAACCAGGAGUGAAUGACGCUGCCGCUGAGAAACUCCUCCACGUGGUCCACAUCAUCUGCAGUCACAACCUGUCAUCCCGUUGCUGUAACCUGUGUGUGGCCCCCUCUUCCCCCCCCCCCCGUAGCAACUUGCACCGCCCGGCCUUGUGUGAGUUUUCGACCGAACCGAACCCUCAAACGCCUUGUACCCGAUAUGUCGUCCACUUGUAGGCAACUGUACAGGAUUCACGUGAACCCAGACGAGUCAGUGUAAAUACACAAAUGGAUCUGAUUGGAUUCUCAGAUUUAAUAGAUAGAAUAUUUAAUUCUAUAUGAGUAUAAAUAGUAUAGAUAGCUUGCAAAUAUAAAAACCAUCCCCUCUGUGAUAUGGUGUAAAUAAUGUCUGUGUUUCCUCUGUGAAAACCAUUUUGUGUUGGACACAAAUUGUCUCGUGAUAGUCUCCAUGAUUACCCACUCCGCUGGUCUAGGAUCAGAACAUGACCUCUCGUGUGUAUGUCCUUCUACACAACUGGGAUAUUACAGUCAUUUCCGUUGUCCAUAUUUAAAGAGUCUAGUUGUAGAUAGUGGAUAUAUUAGAUUGUAAAGCACUUGAAAAUUUUAUUUUGUCUUAUUAAGAUUCUUAUUUUGCCAAAAAACAACAACAACCACAUCCUUAGAACAAUAUGGCGACAAAUAAACUGUGUCUCAAUUCAGGAGCAGCUGCAUUCAGAGGACGUGGUCUGCACAGCGCAGGAAACCCACCUCCUUCAUGGGCCUUGUAUUCCCAGCUAGUCCCGAGACACGAGGAGAGAGUUUUAAUGACACUUGCUUUGUCUUAACGUUUCGGUUUCAUUGACCUGUGAUACUUUAGCAUUGCACCUCUCCUUGUCAUUACCACAUGGUUUGUCUCUGAAUCGCAAUGCAUGCUGGGAUAGGUUGUCCCGGGAGGGGUCCACUCGUUGGAGCCUUUGUUUGUUGUUUGCCGCAUUUGUAGGAGCCUUCGAAAUGGGACAGGCAGGUCGCGCCGCUUGACCCCUGAGUCGAGACACAGCUUUACUGUCAUGCCCCUGUGUUGAUGGUCUUUCAGGACAUUAGUCACGCAGACACUUACAUGCAUUAAGAGCGAGUCAAACAAUCACGUAGGAACAGAUGUAAUAGAUAUAUAAAAGGAAUGAAAGUGCAUGGCUGGCGCGUCCCUUUACACUUCAUGUGGAUAGUCUUAUCUGCAUUUCUAAGCUGGCCUGUCUGAGUUUGACUUCGUGAAUUAGUUUGGGUUUUUCCUAAAUCAAAGAUGUAGCCGAUGGAUCGUGAAAAUUACUUUUUAUUUAAACUCUGCUAGCAGUUGAGUUUUUUUGUGUCACCUGCUUCACAUUCCAAAGUGAUGGAUUGCUCAGAAAACGUUAUGUAAAGCAAUAAGAGAGCGAAUCUGAUGCUAGACUGCGCUUGGUGGGCGGCCUGUGCGAUUGCGAGGUGCGGGUUCGAUGUGUGUUUGUCAUUCAGCAAAUGCACGUGCCGACAUGUUGCGUGUUCAGGCUGCUUGUGCGGAUGCAAGCAAGGGGUUCGUUUCUGUUUUUAUUUCAAUCCUGCAGGCGAAUUCAUUCAUUUCAGCAAAUGGAAUAAAGUGGAAAUUAACAUAAAAUUGCUGUGACAGGCCGUAAUGCAGAGAUACUUUGUGCAUAUGUUGGCAAAAUUAGGUAAAGCGCAGAACAGUGAAGCCAAAGCUAUGUUGGAGAUCAGUUAGGAGAGUCUCUAUUACUUUUUUCCCAACUACUAAAUGUCCUAUGUUAGUCAAUAUCGGCCAAUGUUUCAUUUGAGGAUCAAAUAUCUACAACCGAUCUUCAAGAUCAAUCAUUGGUCGGCCCCUACUCGUGUGGGUGAUGCACAAAAAUAAUACUUAUAUAACUUAAAAAUAUGCAGCAUUAAUAUUUAGCGGUGUAUUGUGACAUAAAUAUAAAUAUAUAAUUCAGCACAUAGCGAAUAGGUUGACGUGUGAUAGGUCAAUAAGGGAAUAUUCUGAAUCUGAUGUGUCAGUAGAACCAGGGUGUUGAUAAUGAGGAUUGUCAGCAAAGCCUUUGUGUGUGUGUGUGUACUGCGGUUUAUUUUUCAGUACAAUAAUACAGCCUGAAACGUAAGGAGAUGAAUUUUGGUUUUGUGUCUUCAGACCCCUUUGCCUGCAUGUUCUUGCCUUCUCUCGUCAACAGUCAGAUCUAGCCUUAUGAUAACUAACUCCUUAAGCCGUUUACUUUAUGCCAGUGCCAGCAUAUAUUUUUUUAUACGUCGUUAUUUAUCAUGUAUUUAUUUUAAUGUGUGUGACUGUGAUGGUGGGUGUGUUUGAAUUUUUAAAGAAUAUUGUUAUUUUGCACACUUCUUCUUCAUUAUGUUUACAUGUGUUGUCUUAAAAAAUGAUUUUAUUGAUCCGUGGGUUUUAGUGCAAUACUGUGGAUUUUCGCGGACUUCCUGUUGACGCGGAAGAAAAUGCACAUUUUAACGUUAACGCCAGUCAUUGCAUGUUUGUCCACGUUUGGACACGUCAUUCGGUAAACGUAGAAUACUCCUGUCAUGACGUCAUAAUGUUCCAGCAGUUUUGUGUUAGAAUAGAUGAAAUCGUAAAAGAAGACAUUAACUACUGAGGUAAAACACCAAAGGUUACUCCUUCCAGAUCAGCGUCCGUGGGCAACUUCAUCUGUCUCAGUGUUCCUCACCAGUUAAAGGUCAGAGGUCGUGUGUGUCACGUUCCCAUUGAGAUCUCUGCUUAUAGACUUUAGAAGCCAUAACGUCUCCUAGGGUGUCGUAUGUGUGUGUGCUGAAACACUUGUGGAUUCUCAUCAAACUGUAAAUAAGAAAACUGGGGAGGGGGGUUCAAAUUGCUGAAAUUACCCAAAAGAAUAAAGCUCUAUCACAUUUAAAAAUAAAAGAUUCUUAUGAAUGUAUCAUACCUGGAGAUAAAAAGCUGUAUGACAAUGGAUUACUCAUAAUAUGUCAUUAAAUAUAGCUGUGUUAUUUUC